GUGGCCACGCCCCCUGGCGACGCUCCUCAGCCGCCAUUUCGCGGCGGCAUGGCGGCGGCGGCGGCCUCCUCAGCGAGCCUCUCCGAGACCGACAUCGAGCGGGACUCCGCGGCCGCAGUGCAGACGCUGACAGCAGCCUUGGAACAGAAGCCGGAGCACGCAGAAUAUUACCGCCAAAGAGCUUAUGCUUACAUCCUUCUACGGAAUUACCACGAUGCAGUUGCUGAUGCAAAGAAGGCUUUAGCACUCGAGCCUAAUAAUGCCGUAGCCUUCCUCAGGCAAGGAAUCGGUGAAUAUUAUAUGAAAAAUUAUGAUUCCGCCCUGAAGUCUUUCAUUGAGGGACAAACACAGGACAGUGCUGAUUCCACCUUUCCUGUCUGGAUUAAAAGAUGCGAAGAGGCCCUUAGUGGGCCUGGAUCACAAGUGGAAAUGGCGUGGCCAUCUAAGAUCAAGUAUGACUGGUACCAAACCGAUUCUCAUGUCAUUGUAACAAUCAUGAUCAAACAUGCGAAGGAAGAUGAUGUAAACAUAACAUUCUCGGAGAAAGAGCUAAAUGCAUCACUGAAGCUUUCCUCCGAGGAGAACUACAAGCUAAAACUUCAUCUUCUUCAUUCCAUAGUCCCAGAGCAAAGUUUAUUUAAAGUUCUUUCAACCAAGAUUGAGAUAAAAAUGAAGAAACCAGAAAUUAUACGAUGGGAGAAAUUAGAAGGACAAGAGAAUUCUGAUACACAAACAGCUGUACCAGCUUCAAACCCCACGCAUCACUAUCCGUCAUCUUCGCAGAACACGAAGAACUGGGAUAAAUUAGUGGUGGAAAUCAAGGAAGAAGAGAAGAAUGAAAAAUUGGAAGGCGACGCGGCUUUGAACAAACUUUUCCAACAAAUCUAUUCGGACGGCACAGAUGAAGUCAAACGUGCCAUGAACAAAUCAUUUAUGGAAUCGGGCGGGACGGUGUUGAGCACAAAUUGGUCUGACGUAGGUAAAAGAAAAGUAGAAGUCAAUCCCCCGGAAGACAUGGAAUGGAAGAAGUUCUGAUCGUGGUUCGUGGAACCCUGUUAUAUGCGGACAGAGAAGUCUUGAGGAUGAAACCCUGAAUGCUGGUUCAGAAGAUGAUUCCCGUUUUCGUGUCUUGACCUCCUGCAGCCAGACCUCUUCAUGAAGAUAACUUAAGAGCUUUAAUCAGGAAUGAGAGCUCUUGCUGCUGUUCCAUGAAGGUGUUUUUUUAAAAGAAGGAUUCGAACCCAGUCCUUGGCUCUCUUGGUGAUGCAUUUGGAGAAUUAAGAAGGCGUUUAAUUGGACUACUUAGGAUUAUUGCCUUAUUAAAUAACACUCGAUCCCUUUAAUUUAUUUGCUCUAGAUAUAUUGGGGUGAACACACGUUUUUGGCUGUAGUGUUAAAGAUUGUUUGGCUUAACUUUGCUUCCAAAUAAAAUUGUAAAUAUAUAACUUUUA